GAGCAUAAGGCUCCUUUGGCUCGCUGCUACAACUCUGUUAUUUUGAUCACCGUGCCUGUAGGAGUGAUGACGAAGGUCAUCAUUAUGAUCAAAGAUCACUGCAAGUCCCUCUUACUUAAUCUUGUGACUAGGUUAAAGUCCUAUAGAGAUAAACAAAGGAUGAAGCGGCCUGCGUUAAAUGUACAGCAGAGGUUAAGACAAACAAAAAUUUGGGAUGCACAAGGAAUGGGAUGGAAAAAUACUGUAAAUAUGAUGCCAUUCUAUAAAUCAACAGUAUAGCCUCAUCUGGAUGAAUGUGUUCAAUUCUAACUGCCCCAUUUAAAAAAAAAAGAAUGUAGCAGAAAUAGAGGGGGUUCUGAGAUGUAUUUUUUCCUCUCAAGAAAGUAAAACAAGAAUAUGUUCAAUUAAAUUAAAAGGUAGUAAAUUUUUAAGAAAACUGACAAAUGUGUUGUUCUCUGGAACACACACAACUUUGCAAGACUCAAAAUAGAUUGGACAUUAUAUGGAUAAGAACAUUCAGUCACAUACUGGUAAGAAUUAAAAGAAAAACAAUGUUUAGAAGGAGAAUAAAUCAUUAAGCCUCAGGGCGUAUGCCAGUAUUUAAAAGGAGGGGUCUAGGAAGCAACUUCUUUAUGAGCAAAUUAUUCCACUUGUAGUUCCCUCUGAAGCAUCUGGGACUGGCAACUGUCAGACAUGAUAUCAAAAUAGCUGAUCAGAUAUGAUAUAUCGCACCAUAAGAAGCGGUAACUUCCGAUACCUAUCUAAGUGGACUUUGUUUUCAAUUAACAUACCAAACAGAGGAUAACAAUGCCCAUGACUGUAGCAAACUGAAUGAUACCACUUCCCAAUCUAGGGACAGCACAGCAAAAAUAUCAGAAAAGGUGGCCUAUAACUACACUCAUGAAAGAACUCAUAAAACAAAUAAAUCUUCAAUCUUCUGUUACAAGAUGACAGUAUCUGACCAAUAAGAAAUGUGUUUAUUGACAGGACAGAUGUAAUUACUGCUACCUUUCAGCACUCAAAAACAUGUUAGGUACCUCACAAAAGUUGUAACAACAUAAUAACUGUCCUGAACAGUUUGCUAUCUAAAUUUGACAUGACAAAAAUGUGCGAUUCAUAAACAGACUAAACGGAAAGGAGAGAAAAAUGUGACAACAAUAUCACACAAUUAUGGAGUAGGGCAAGUACAUAUCUUGAAAGUUCCUUUAUUUUUUUUAUCAUCUUUCUCCUUCCAUUUUUAGUGGUUGUCAUUAAGCAACUAAAUCAGCUUCAUCAUUUGCAUGUCACUAUUUAAGAUCUAAUAACUGGCAUUUCUACCCAAUUUAUUAACAGACUGCAAAAAGAAUCAGAUUCUUUCUGCUCCAACUCCUUAAAUCACAACUGCAGCUAUUUGUCUAGCUGGAGGCUACUGCACCCAUUGCUAUUUAAUUUAGUAGGCCUGUGCAGAUGACGAGUCAAUCCCAUGUUUGUAUUAUGGUAGAAUCCAUGAUGGAGAUGUCAAUCAGGCAACUCUGUUAAAAUUGUAGCAACAAAACAACAAGCAGCUGAUUGCCAGUAGUUGUCUAUUUCUGACAUUUUAAGCUUUGUAAAGAAUCUGUUCAUGCAGGUGUUCUCCAAGAAGUAUGUCUGUUGCUUUACCCUAGCCUUACAAUAAAAUGUGAUCUUCCUUGUAGUGAAGCUAAGUUUUUCCUUUUGUGUGGAGUAGUAAUUAAUCUUCAUAAGUGAAAGCAUUUCAAACAGUAGGUCUCAGUGCACAUGCUUAACUUCCAUACCGUGAAUAGCAGUGAAUAGCAGGUGGUAGUAAAGUUAAGAUUGUGCCUGUUUGCACAAUCAAAGACACAGAGUGACAUCUUGAAGCAUCUGUUCCUAUAAUCCUCUUUCUGAAGGCCAAGAGAAGCAUGUGAGAUUUAGAACACGGAAAAAUUUCAAGUUCUUGUGCAGUGCAAUCUUCAAAACAAGUCAAAGAAUGCAGCAUCUUAAAUAUUUGCCUUUGUUGCAUUAAUGAAGGAGGAACCACUCUUUGACAAAACGCAUAUCCAUGUACUGCUCUUAGCAAUUCCACACGUAAGACAACAGACUUUACAGCACUGGCAUGAACAUUCACCAGUUGGGGCGCAACAUUUUCCUGAUCACCUUUCAUAACAACAAAACAAAGGAUAAACAAGAUGAACUUUUAAAGGAGGCUGAGAAAUUGGCAAAACAUAUGUUGUCAUACCAACAUGAUCUGGCUCCAACAAUCACCAGUAAUAUAGUGUGUUCUACAGAUGCCAAAGAAGAACUCUUGGAUGAAUGUGAGGAGAUAUGGAGGCAGAUGGAAGAGUGUCAGAGCAAGCUAAUGCUGCUAGGAAUAGAAACACUUCCAGAAUCAGAUGCUCAGCUUUCCUUGUUAAUGAUGCGAGUGAAGGCUUUAACAGCAGAGUAUAAUCAGUGGCAGAAACGAAGUCCUGAGAUAAUCUCCACCAAUCCAGAUGUCCUGGUAGCAUUAGGAAAGGAAGAGUUGCAGAAAGUAGACCAUGAUCUUGAAAUGGUGCUGUCUACUGUUCAGUCAAAGAAUAAAAAGCUGAAGGAAGACAUGAAAAGAGAACAGCAGUGGCUGGAUGAGCAGCAGCAAUUGGUAGAUGCUCUUGACGUAACACAUGAAGAAAUGAAAAAUCAAGUGGUACAAUUUUCUGAAAAAAGAGCUUUGCAAGAACUGAAAAGUAAAAUGCUGAAAAUAAGGGCAUAUAAGGAAGAGCUCCUGAGUGCUCUGGGGGAGUUCCUAGAAGAACAUUUUCCUCUCCCAGAAGAAGAUGAAAGUGCUAAAAAGAAGAAAAAAAGUCCAGCUGAAGAACCAACUGUACAACUGGUAACGUUACAUGAAAUUUUAGAGCGUCUUAUAAACAGAUUAAUGAGUACACCACAUGAACCAUAUUUGACAAUCAGUGAUUCCUUCUGGCCACCUUAUGUUGAACUGCUGCUGCGGUAUGGAAUUGCACUGAGACAUGCAGAGGAUCCAAGCAGAAUACGCUUAGAAGCCUUUCAUCAGUAAAGGCACCUUUGUGACUAUUUAAAAAAGAAGAAAUGUGUUGAAUCAGUACUCAUACUUUAAAAAUAUAGAGGUGUGGGUGUAUGUGUGUAUUUUUUAUAUAUAUAUAAUUUGAUAUUUUAUCAUAACUCUGGGUGUUAAUCUUUUCUGCUUGGACAGUAUUUUUUGACAAACCAUACCUGUUUUAAGUGCAGUUACUUAUGAAGCUUGUGACAUGACAAAACUUUCUUUUAACUUCAAAUGAUGAUAGCCAUUCAUCCCAUUAGUUGUUGACUUUAUGAUGUUGUGUUACUGUACUGUGAAAUUAGGUAGUGCUUGUUCAGAUGGCUUAGAUAAGACUCAAAUUCAAGUUAAAGGACUAUUGUAUGUAGACAAAAUAAUUAAAGUAGUUUGUGUUUUGUUGAUUAAUUAAAAGAAAUAAUGCUUUGCA